AUGGUAUUUUUCGGCCAUUUUUUUGCACCUCUGGUGUCGGUUUUUCACUUGGCAUUUCAUCAAAAAUAUUUUGAUUCAUUUUGAUUGAAUUAUCUAUAAAAUAUCGGAGUUAUUAAAAAAUUCAAUUAUAAUUAAUUUAAUUUGAAGGAUAUUCCCGAGUUUGCUGUGCUUUUUUUUUAAAUAUCUUUAGAUAUGGCCUUGUUCAUGGAGCAAAUUCCCUACGCCUGGCUGUUAUUAGGAGCCGGUGCUCUGUGGCUUUUCAGGUCGUAUAUGCAGGGUGGGAAAUACAGAAAAAAUACCACGGCAUUGGGGAAAGUGGUCGUCAUUACUGGAGCUAACACUGGCAUUGGGAAAGAGACUGCCCGUGAACUAGCUAAGAGAGGAGCUACCAUUUAUAUGGCUUGUCGCGAUAUGAAGAAAUGUGAAAAGGCGCGUCAAGAACUAAUCAAAGACACAUGCAACAAAAAUAUACAUGGUAUUAAGCUGGACUUAGCAUCUCUUACAUCAAUUAAGGAAUUCGCUGAUCACUUCAAAGAGAUCGAAACCCGUCUAGAUAUCCUUAUAAAUAAUGCUGGUAUUAUGGCCUGUCCGCGAAUGGUUACUGAGGAUGGAUUUGAAAUGCAGAUUGGUGUUAAUCAUUUAGGCCAUUUCUACUUAACAAAUUUGCUCCUUGAUCUAUUAAAGAAUUCUGCCCCGAGUCGAAUAGUAGUGCUGUCAAGCUUAGCACAUGCGAUGGGUCCUUUUAAAAAUAAUGAUUUUCUCAGCGAACAUUCGUAUAAACCUUCAAAAGUCUAUACACAUAGUAAAAUUGCAAAUAUUUUGUUUGCUCAUGAAUUGGCAAAACGUUUACAAGGUACAAAAGUGACUGUGAACUCCUUGCACCCUGGUGUGGUGGAAUCUGAAUUGAUGCGGUACAACUCGAUAAUUAAUAACCGAUUUUUAGGUCCUAUUGCAAAUGUUUUGAAAUGGCCCUUCUUCAAAACUACUGCAAACGGUGCUCAAACUACUAUUUUUGCCGCCCUGGAUCCAGAUUUGGAAUUAGUAAGCGGUGUUUAUUUCAGCGACUGCCAGCCGAAGAAAACAACUUCAGUAGCCCGCGAUGAUGAUUUGGCCAAGUGGCUAUGGGAUGAAAGUGAUCGACUAAUCAACUUGAAGUUGGCACAAUUGGAUCUGAAGUAAAAUACACCCAUACAUAAAUAUUUAUUAAAUAAAUGACUGUCACAACCCAAAAAAAGACAGUGAAAUUACCGGAUACAAUUAUAGUUUAGAAAUAAAAGAGGCUAAUGUUAUGCUUUGAAGCAACUUGGAGCUCAGCCUAUAGAUGAAUAUAAAUAUGCAUUAUGAAUUAUAACUUUGCAAUAAAACACAUUUGAUGUUAACCUUAAAGAAAUAUGAUUUUUAUGAAUUAAAGAAGCAGUUUUAUAAGAACUUCUCCUAAAGGCCUUCGAAUGUUGAACUGCAUCGUUAUUGCAGAGGACCAUCGAUAUCUAUUACAUAUGUAUAUACAUAUGUAUGGAAUCUUCAAAGACUAAACUAAAUUUUCUAUAGUAUUAUUAAAUGUGCGAUAUUACAAGAAAUUCCGCAUCAUUGUCUGAAAAAAUACGUUUCUUGAGUUGUGACAGUCUUUUAGUAAAUGAACGAUAUGCAAAUAUUAUAAUAACAUGCCCUGCAAUGUAUUACAUAAAACGCACUUGCGUGCAGUAUUAGUCAUAGAAACUAAAAAAAUAUAGAUGUACUAUCAAAUGUUA